GCUGUUACGCCGGCAAAGUCUGAAAAUAAUUAUGCUUAAGCACCAAAUUCAAUUAACCAAACUGGUUAAGACACAUUUACGCUAUUUUGGUAGCAGUCAGUCAAGGACACAAUCCUUUAAAAAAUGGUACCAGCAGCUGUGGACCACAGAGCGCACUAAUCUGCCGCCCUAUGAACAUUUCACACAAGUUGGCGAUCCGGUGCUGCGGCAAGUUGCAGCGGCGGUGCCACUGGAGCAUGUAAAGAGUCCUGAAAUUGAGGCUGUGAUUCAACAAAUGGUGAAGGUGCUGCGAAAAUUCGACUGCGUGGGCAUAGCGGCGCCUCAAAUAGGUGUCUCCCUUCGCAUCAUCGCCAUGGAGUUCAAGAAGGACAUCAAAAGGGAUCUGCCACAGGCUACAUUCGAGGCGCGGAAAAUGUCGGAGUUGCCAUUGACGGUCCUGAUCAAUCCUGAGCUGACCAUUACAAAUUAUACAAAACACAAACAUCCGGAAGGCUGUAUGAGUGUUCGUGGCUUCUCUGCUGAAGUGGAGCGUUAUGAGGGCGUCAAAUUGACGGGUCUUGACAAAUUGGGGACGCGUAACGAAUUGGAACUCAGUGGCUGGAAUGCCCGCAUAGCUCAGCAUGAAAUGGACCAUUUGGAUGGAAAACUAUAUAUCGACCACAUGGAUCGUUCGACCUUUAUGUGUACCUGUUGGGAGACUGUCAAUACAAAGUCUGGCCGCGUCGAAAUACCGUUCUAUAAAUAGCUUUUUUGUGAUUGUGUUCUGUUACAAUUAUUCAUUUACUUUUUUAAAAUAUAAUAUAUUCUAAGCUACUGAA